AUGCCGGGGAUCGGGAUUUUUAGAAGCCUCCGCGUGAAAUCUCCUGAAGUUGUUACCCGAAACUACUUAUUGUUUAUCCCAGAGAAGACCCCCAAGAGUUUGGAAACGCAGGCAGGAGCCUCUGGAAGGCACAACGAGUGGAAACCGUGGCAAGAAAAGAGCAAUCCUGCGUUCUCCACUGGUCAUCUAGAUGAUGAUGGAUUGCCACAUGGAUUCUGUACUGUCACCUAUUCAUCAACAGACAGAUUUGAAGGAAACUUUGUGCAUGGUGAAAAGAAUGGCCGUGGCAAGUUCUUCUUUUUUGAUGGCAGCACCCUGGAAGGGUACUACGUUGAUGACGCCCUCCAAGGCCAGGGGAUCUACACUUAUGAGGAUGGAGUUGUCCUCCACGGCACCUACGUGGAUGGGGAGCUGAAUGGGCCAGCCCAGGAGUACGACAGCGACGGGCGGCUGAUAUUCAAGGGGCAGUACAAGGACAACAUUAGACAUGGGCUCUGUUGGAUUUACUACCUGGAUGGAGGCAGCCUUGUGGGAGAAGUAAAUGAAGAGGGGGAGAUGACUGGAGAGAAGAUAGCCUAUGUGUACCCUGAUGGGAAGACUGCAUAUUAUGGAAGGUUCAUAGAUGGAGAAAUGAUAGAAGCAAAACUGGCAACUCUGACUUCUGCAGAGGAUGGGAAACCUCAGUUUGAAGUAGUACCAGGCA